AUGUCCACCCCGUCCACGGCGACUGCAACGCAUCCUUCUCACCAUCAGGCUUACGGAUAUCCUCACCACCCUUCGUAUCAACCGAAUACCUCCUACCCGGCUUCUACUGCCGCAGGACCUCGCCUCGCAAACCCCUACGCCAUUCCCGUCCCCUCUCCGACAACGACCACCCUUCCUUACACCCAACCUCCGAGAAUUCCCCCCGCGACAACAACUCCGUCGGCUAUGACCCACCAGAGUGGCUCUAGCGCGGCUCCUUCUGUUGGGGGUCGGAGGAAGAAACCAGACUGGACCGAGUUCUACAAGAAUGGUCUUCCCAAGGAAGUCAUUGUGAUCGAUGACAGUCCCGGUCCAGAGCCAUCCAAUGGGGCUCCGGCUCCUCCUGUGAUUACUUCGGACAAACCGCCUCCUGCGGCUCCUCAACCUGCUGGAAAGAGGCGACGGACGGGGAUUGAAACCGCCUAUGACCUGGGUCACUAUGACCGCCCGUCCUUUUCAAUCAAUCCCCAGCAUUACGGCGAAGAGUCCUCCGCCACCUCCUUAUCGACCGAUCGAACCGCAUCUUUACACACCACAGCUCCAACUUCGCUUGGUUCACAAGGCAGUACGGGGGCGAGCAGUGGGGUAUACUACGAGGAUGGCUCUGUUGGUCAAAAGCGGAAACGCGCUACUCGGAAAUCUACCCGCGACGAGCAGAAGCGACGAGAGUUGGAGACCGCAGGCGAUGCUUUCUUGAGUUAUGUCCCCCCUCCGAAGCCGCCGAUCAAAGCAAAGGAUGUCCCGGUGCCGGUCGUUCGCGAUUAUACCAGUUCUCAGAACAAGAAGUUUGACGACGAUGAUGGUCAUUAUAUUGUCACACCCGACACGCCAUUGACAGAUCGAUACUCUGUGAUUAAACUUCUAGGCCAAGGUACGUUCGGCAAAGUUGUCGAAGCCUAUGACAAGCAGCGCAAGGCUCGCUGUGCAGUCAAAAUCAUACGCUCGAUCCAAAAGUAUCGCGACGCAUCUCGAAUCGAGUUGCGAGUCCUGUCAACUCUGGCUUCGAAUGACAAGAGCAACCGCAACAAAUGCAUCCACCUUCGGGACUGCUUUGACUUCCGGAAUCACAUCUGCAUUGUCACUGAUCUACUGGGACAAAGCGUAUUUGAUUUCCUCAAGGGAAAUGGCUUUGUCCCAUUCCCGAGCAGUCAGAUUCAGCAGUUUGCCCGGCAGCUGUUCACCAGUGUUGCCUUCCUCCAUGACCUAAACCUUAUCCACACCGACCUCAAACCCGAAAACAUCCUCCUCGUCAGCAACGCCUAUCAAACUUUCACUUACAACCGCACUAUACCAUCCUCUUCCCACGCCACAGCUCGCAAUGCGCGGCAACGCCGCGUUCUCCUCGAUGGGGAAAUCCGACUCAUCGACUUCGGUUCGGCGACCUUUGAUGAUGAAUAUCACUCGUCUGUCGUGUCUACCCGUCACUAUCGGGCCCCCGAAAUCAUAUUGAACUUGGGCUGGAGCUUCCCAUGUGAUAUCUGGAGCAUUGGGUGUAUCCUGGUGGAAUUCUUCACCGGAGAUGCCCUGUUCCAGACACAUGACAACCUUGAGCACCUGGCGAUGAUGGAAGCCGUCAUUGGCAAUCGAAUCGACACUGCUUUGGUGAAAAAAGUCAUGGCGGGCCGAAGUGGUAGUCUCAAUUCUGCUUCCAAGUACUUCAAUCGAAGUAAGAUCGACUACCCCAACAGUGAAACGACCCGGGCCUCGCGGAAAUAUGUGCGCGCGAUGAAAUCUUUGACAGAGUUCAUCCCGACCAACACACCCUUCAACCGGUCAUUCCUGGAUUUGCUGCAACAGAUCUUUGUCUACGACCCUAAGAGCCGGAUCACUGCCAAGGAAGCAUUGAAGCACCCGUGGUUCAAGGAGACACUCGUUGAUGAUGGCACAGAGGCUCACCGGAUCGGCCAAGGAUUGCAUCGCCAAGCACGCACCUAG